UGUUGUUAUUCGGUAUAAAUUGAACCUGAAUGCUCGAGAAAUAUAUUAGUUUCAACGAAUUCCUCAUACAGUUCAUCACCAGCGAUCUUCCGUUACUAUCGAAAAAAAUGAAAUUUUUAUUUGUUUUUGGUCUAAUAAGUGUGGCCUGUGCCGAUGUGAGUCAUUUGUCGAAAACUUACCUGCCGCCAUCAACGUAUUCGCACGGUAGCAUAUCAUCUGGUAACUAUGCAGCUCCUUCGGUCUCCUACGGUUCCAGUUUAGGUGCAGGUAAUUAUCACAGUGCAACUUACGCUGCUUCUUCUAAGGAAUAUUUGCCACCAGCUCAUGAAAGUUAUGCUGCUCCGGCUGUUCAUUCAACUUACUCUAGCGGAUCCCAUGAGACUAGUUAUGCUGCACCGUCUGUUAGUUACGCUGCACCGGCUGUUAGUUACGCUUCACAUGGCGCCAGUUACGCGGCUCCUGCUGUUAGCAGCUAUUCAGGAUCAUCAGAUUCGGGAUAUUCAGAAUAUGCAGGAUCGGUCGGUGCCAGUUAUUCGGGAUCGGGUAAUUCUGGUUAUACAGAAUCGGUUGGUACUGGACAUGUAGCUUCUGGUUACUCAGGAUCUGGUGGUUAUUCAGCCGGAGGUUAUUCCGGAGGCGGUUAUUCCGGAGGCGGUUAUUCCGGAGGCGGAUACUCAGGAUCUGGCUAUUCUGGAUCUGGUUAUUCUGGAUCUGGUUAUUCUGGAUCUGGUUAUUCUGGAUCUUCAGGUUCUUCAGGUUAUGCAGUUCCACUUGUUUCUGGUCAUUCCGGUGUUUCGGAAUCCUAUAGUUCCGGUUACGGAUCGGGCUACUCAGCCCCAGCUGUUUCUAGUUACUCUUCCUCAGGUGACUACGGUCAUCAUGAGUCUGCUGGUGUAUCAGCAUAUGCUGCUCCAGCUGUCCAUACCUCAUACACUAGCCAUGCAGCACCUGUCGCCACCUAUUCGAGCUCAGUCGGAGGCGUAGAUACCCAAUACGGUUCUAAUGGCGGUUAUGUUUACCGAAAGAAAAAAUAAACACUAAGUUAAUCUCUUUCUACACAAUAUAUUGUAAGUGAAUAAAAUGGUAUAUAAUAUAUGCCGAAAAUUAAA